UUAAUCGCACUAAUUCUCAAGCAAAUUACUAUUCAUCUUCUUCGUUGAAACAAAUUAUCAAUCAAUCAAUCAUGGAUAACAUGCUUCGUGCUAAUCAUCGGACAACAUUACCGACACAGGCUUAUUCUGCACAUCUUCAGCCAACAACUCAAAGUGAUAUAAAGAUGGAAGAAUCAUCAAACACCAGCAAUGCUAAAACUUUUAGUCAUAUCAAUGCACAAAUGUAUAACACCCCAGAAUUUUCAAUUGCAUUGGUGGAAUCUGUCAUGGAUAGAGCUACACAAAAUUGGGUACUUAUUAACAAAAAAGAAAGUGAAGGGUGCAAUUAUACUACUUGUAGUGGAAAUAACAGGAAAAAGACAUGGGAUGAACACGUUGCUGAUUAAUAUGACAAGGAACAACCAGAGAUAUUAGCAAACCAAUUAGAAACUUUAAAUAUGAAAUUAGAAAAUGUAAAGAAUAAAAAAAUCAAGAUGAAUGAAAAAGAGGAACAAGAUGCAUUUGAGAUGUAUUUCAAAAACAAGCAUGAAGCUAUCAGAAAGUUGAGAUUUGUGCGAGCCGAAGAUUCAAAAUCAUCUUAGGCAUCAUGAAAAAAGGUAUUUCAGUGCACAAAAGCACCCACUAUAUGUGAGUCUUAGAAAAGACUGGAGCACGAGGCUAGCUAGCAAGUUGCCAUGCUCCUUUAUAUUUAUUUCCUUUUACUCAAG